CUCAAGUAGAAUGAAUAUAAUGGAAUGUCCGAAAACUAGAAAGUGAAAGCUCCUCCUACUUUGACCACAACAAUUGAUUCUGUUUGUUUUGAUGAAUCGAUUGGAUUUACGAUAUAAUUAGUAAUCUGGCGUUACAUGAAAAUGUCCAAAAUACCAUUCAAGAAUGAUGGAAGUUUUAUGGAAUUGUUCAAGCAAAUGCAAGCUGAACAAGAAAGAGUAUCUAUUGAGAAGCCUGUUAUUCCGAAUGUAGUAAAGGUAGAAAAUACGGAUGAAUUUGACAGCAAGCAGUGCAAAACGGAGAGUGAAACAGUUAUUCCCGAUGAUUCAAAGGUUUUGGUGGCAAUCGAAUCGUUGGUCCUACGUGUUUCUGGUAUGUCCCACAGUCUUUGCGAAGCAGAAAUAAAGAAGUUUGAGGAUAGCAUACAGUAUUGGUUCCUGACGCUUCCAGAGACUAAUGAGUACAAGUUCUUUAGAAAAAGAUUGGCUGAUGUUCGUAAGCAAAAGACACUCAGUAGUUCAGUCAAACCUGAAGCUGUAGAUAAUUGCAAAUCAGAAAUUGAUGAAUUUAUCCCCACCAAAAGACGUCGCUCCAGAUGGGACGAAGAAACCAAUGAACCUAAAAUAAAUGGAUCAGUAAAAGAUUUCCCGGAUGGCUCUUUGGCCUCUGCGAUUGCACUAGCAAAAGCUGCUGCAGCUGCUGCAAAAACUCAAGGAACUACUUCUAAUCCAAAUCAGUUCACAGGCGGUGUUGUACUUACACCUGAGCAAGCUGAACAAAUACGUUAUCAAAAGGAACUUCAAGCUAUGCAAGAGUUUAUUUUAGCACAAAAACGAUCAAAGUCUAAAGAGGAAGAACUUAUGAAUCGAAUUGAGGGUGUAAAUUAUGGAAAUAAAACAAGAAUUACGAAGGAUGGUUUAGUUAUCAAAUAUGAGUAUGAUUCCGACGAGGACUGUGAAAAUGGAACAUGGGAGCAUAAAUUAAGACAAGCGGAAAUGGAGGCAACCCGAGAAUGGGCUCAGAAAUUAACUGAAAUGGGUCAUGGAAAACAUCAUAUUGGGGACUUUCUACCACCGGACGAAUUAGAGCGCUUCAUGGAAACUUUCCGUGCAUUGAAAGAAGGUCGGGAACCGGAUUUUUCUGAAUACAAACAGUUCAAGUUAACUUGUGAAAAUGUCGGUUUUCAAAUGUUAGAAAAAAUGGGUUGGAAAGAAGGUGAAGGACUUGGCAUUGAUGGUCAAGGUAUUGUUAAUCCAGUCAAUAAGUGAGUCCAGAAUUUUACCGCUCACCAUGAUCUAUUCUUUUUAAUAUCUUUUUCUGAGAAUGGAUGGGGAUAAAGAUUUGUGUUUAAACACUUAAUUACUUGUUCAAUUUUCCGAAAUUUUAUUCAAAGGGGGAAUGUCCACGUUGAUGGUGUAGGACUAGGAAUUGAUCGUCCUUCCAAAUUAAUAAAAGAAGAUGAUGAGUACGAUGCAUACAGGAAACGUAUGAUGUUAGCUUAUCGGUUUCGACCAAAUCCUUUGAACAAUCCUCGACGAGAUUACUAUUAAUAGUGGUAAAGCAAUGUCAAUCAUAUUUGUUUCACAACAAAAUAGUUGAGAGGAAACUUGAUCAGUCUGUGAUUUGGAACCAUUUCUUAUAUUAUAAUUAUGGUUAUUAUCAUUAUAUACAUAAAGGUUUCUAAUCAUUAUCUGUCAGUGUGCAGAUUUGUAUAAUUUUAUGGAACUGUGUAUUUAAACCGUUGAUUUUCUUUUACAUGUGUAUAUGUCAUGUCAACUGCCAUAUAAAAUAUAUAAAUACUUUUUUGUGUA